CUGGAACAGUUCUGUCGAGGCGACCGUCAAAUUUGUACGUCCGAUAAGGUGUUUCUAUCGCCCGGUGUUAAUGAAUUUUAACAUCGCCCAUGUGUGGGCUAGCUUUUAGAACCAGGAACAGCCCCUCUCAAAAAACAUCCUUACGCUGGGGCGAUUGCUGUUCUGUACUUUGGUUGUUGUAGAUUUAGUUGUUUUGCUGAAUUUUGUAACUAACUGUUGUAACAUAAAUAGUGCUGCUACCAGAUUAUUUCUUAAGAUAUAGAAGAUGAUUAAUAUAACAGGAAUUAUAUCCAUAAUUUUAUUUUACAUCCUGAUUUUGGGAGUGGGAAUAUGGGCAGCAAGAAAAAAAGAAGACGGCAAUGAUUCCGAAGAAGAGGUCAUGUUGGCAGGAAGAAAUAUUGGGUUAUUCGUGGGAAUCUUCACCAUGACAGCGACGUGGGUAGGUGGUGGUUACAUUAACGGGACAGCUGAAGCUAUCUACACCUCAGGUCUAGUUUGGUGUCAAGCUCCAUUCGGCUACUCCUUGAGUUUAGUAUUCGGCGGGAUCUUCUUCGCCAACAAGAUGCGUCAACAAGGCUACAUCACAAUGUUAGAUCCUUUGCAAGACUGCUUCGGUGAGCGUAUGGGAGGCUUGCUCUUCCUUCCGGCCCUAUGCGGGGAGGUAUUCUGGGCCGCUGGUAUUUUAGCUGCUCUAGGAGCCACUCUCAGCGUCAUUAUUGAGAUGGACAACAAGACCAGCGUCAUUUUCAGUUCUUGCGUAGCCGUGUUCUACACGCUAUUCGGCGGUUUGUACGCCGUAGCCUACACCGACGUCAUCCAGUUGUUUUGCAUAUUCUUCGGAUUGUGGAUGUGCAUUCCGUUCGCCUGGAACAACGAGCACGUCGCACCCCUCUCUUCCAUGGAGGUGGAUUGGAUCGGCGAGGUGAAACGAGAGGAAUACUUCUUCUAUGCCGAUUACGCGUUGUUGUUGAUCUUCGGCGGUAUCCCUUGGCAGGUGUACUUCCAGAGGGUAUUGAGCAGCAAGUCGGCAAACAGAGCACAGCUACUAUCUUAUGUAGCUGCUGCGGGGUGCGUUUUGAUGGCUAUUCCUCCGGUUCUGAUUGGGGCGAUAGCGAAGGCUACUGCGUGGAACGAGACUACCUAUACAGGUCCAUAUCCUCUUACUAUUGACCAAACCAGCAUGAUUCUGCCCAUGGUAUUGCAACAUCUUACGCCAGCGUUCGUUUCGUUUUUCGGAUUGGGAGCCGUUUCAGCUGCUGUGAUGUCUUCAGCGGAUUCCAGUAUACUUUCAGCGAGUUCGAUGUUCGCCAGGAACGUGUAUAAGUUAAUAUUCAGACAAAAAGCAUCCGAAAUGGAAAUCGUUUGGGUGAUGAGAGGUUCUAUUCUUGUCGUAGGGUUUCUUGCAACUGUUAUGGCUUUGACAAUCCCAUCGAUUUAUGGGCUAUGGUCAAUGUGUUCCGAUCUGGUUUACGUCAUCCUAUUUCCGCAACUCAUUAUGGUUGUUCAUUUCAAAGACUACUGCAAUUCAUACGGAAGUUUAUCAGCUUACAUAGUGGGCUUUUUAAUUAGAGUGUCUGGUGGAGAAGAGCUUAUGCAUUUAGACCCAAUCAUCUACUAUCCAGGUUGGGAUGAAGAGAACAGGAGGCAGCUGUUUCCGUUCAGAACCCUGGCCAUGGUAUCAUCGUUAUUAACGCUUAUAGGAGUUUCGUACGGGAGUAAAUGGAUUUUCACCAGCGGACGAUUGGCUCCUGGAUACGACUUUUUCCACUGCGUGGUUAACAUUCCAGAAGAUAUUCAACGAGUCGAUGAGCCCAUAGAAGAGGGCGAGCAAAUGUCCAUGAUGGCUUCCGAUGCAAUGUGUAAAAUGUACGGUGCGGCAACGAUGGUAGGUAAAGACGAGCGGAACGGUAGGAUCAAUCCAGCAUUAGAAACUGACGACGAUGAUAUUCCCCCGUCCGAACUAAAUAAACUAAAAGGUUCGGUGGGUAGUAGUGGUGGUGGUGCUCGAAGUAUACCUACUAACCCCAUAGUUAACUCCCAACUGUAAGAUAUUGAAGAAGUUUAGUUUUGUUCAUUUUCGAUGUUAAUGAAAAGAGAAAUAGGGAUAGAUUGUGUGGUGAUGAAGAAAGGAUUUAAACACCACCGUGCAAAAGAUGCUUGAAUCUUUUGGUCUCUGUAGAUUGUAUACAUGGCCUAUAAAGGACGCAUAAAGGUAUGUUGUAGUUUUUAUACAUGCUUGUAAUAUAAAAAUAAACUAAUUAAAUAAUCAUGCAGUGUUGAAAAACGUUGUUGAUAAAAAAUAAUGGAAUGGUAGACAAUAAUGAAUGAUACCGUGAAAUUGUAAGAAAAUGUAGGAAAAGUAAAAUUAAUCGGUUGGAUUACGAUAAAAGCAAUUAAAGAUAUGUGGAAUUAGAAAGAUAAUAUCAUGCCGGAAAAGAUGAUAAAUUUGCAAAUUUAAAAAAUUUUGUUAAAUAAAUACAGAUGGAAACAAGUUUUCUCAUAACAAUGAACUAUCUACAUAUUACUAAAUUGGCAACAUCAGACAACAACAGUAAUUAAUUAAUUUAAUUCACUGUAUGUCACCUUAAAAUCUAUCUCUAUUUAUCAUUGUAAUAGAGUAACCUAAACGCAACCUAAAACCUUUAGAGGAAACGUAGGUGCUAAUGAUUUAGAAUAAAAAGAUAAAAAGACACUGCUGGUCAGUAUAAGUAGACAUACAUAUUUUAUUGGGUAAAAAGAAGUUUAAUAUGUUGUUGAAAAUGCAUAAUUUUAUUGUAAUUGAAUUUUAGUAUAUUUUGGAAACAGCAAAACACAGUAUUAUAGUUUCCAAAUUAAAGCACAUUUUGUUAUAUUAACGCUUUUUUGUAUUGUGAUGAUUUUAUAUUUUACAAACAUUGUUUCAUAUAAAUAUAGCAAUAAUAAAGGGAAGUUUGCUAAUAAAUUAAAUAAAAUAAGCAAGUUCGAAACGUUUCAGAUUAAUGAGAUUCCUAUCGGAAGACCAUUAUAAAUUAGGUAAUUAUUCGUGUUGCAUUAAAAAUAUGAAAAGCGUUGUUUAUCGCACAAGAGAAUAUCAUCAUACAUUCAAUAUUAGUAAUAUGGAACUUGUAUAAUAACUUUCUUCUACUACAAAAAAAACUUAUCAUAUCUUACCCCAUACCAAUUUGGAUGUUAAUCUUAAAGGGUUAAUAUGAACUUCUUAUACCAAUUUUAUUUAAUAUAUCUAAGAAACUAAGGUGUUAUUAGUGUGUUUGUUGUCGAAAAAUCUGUUAUUAGUUUCAUUACAAAUAUUUAGUAAAAUUACCUAUUUUUUAUGAAUUACAUUUGGUGGCUUUAAAUUAAUGUCUCAAACAUAAUUACAGAUUGAUACAUCAUUUAAAGUUGCCAUUACGUCCAAAACAAUGGACAUUGUUAUAGUUUGGCUUUUGAGGUGUGAUUAACAUAAACAAAGCAUUUAGUCACAGCAUUUAGUCGCAAGCAAAAUUAAAGGUAUUCGAUCUCUUGAAAAAAAUAUAUUUUCACAAAUUGUUUGUUAUAAAUAAUAUUAGAAAUUAGGAUCAUACGGUUAAGAGGUAUUAAAUCGGCCAAACGCUGCGGCUAACAGAUUAAGAAAACAAUCCUUAAGAGUCCAUGUUAAUUAAAAUUUCAUUUGAAAUGCGUCUAGAUAUACGAUACAUUUAUGUAAAUAAAAUCGUUCCAAAUUUUUGAAAUAUUUAUAUAGAGAGUGGUUGGGAAAAUCUUGUUAGUCUGAAGGAGGAAAACUACACAUAUCCAGACAUACAUAUCAUUAAAUUAAUUAUUGUAAAAAAUAUAAGAUACAUAUCAAUUGACUUGACGCACAUUAUCAUUGAUAUUCCAAAGAAAAAUUAUCUGACGUUUUCAUCGAACAGUAUUUUUACAUCGAAAAUAUUUUUUUGUAAAAUCAUGAAUUAACGCAGAGUAUAUGUGUACCUAUACUAUAUUAGAUAUUAGGUUACAGAUUCUAUUAUGAUAUUUUUUUGAUAAAAUUGAUGAAAACACGGUUUUGACGAGGUUCCCGAACAAUUUGAGCGAGGUGCAUCGCCAUUUUAUCUCUAAAUAUACAUAAAUGUUUUACACUGGGACUUAUUCUUUGGGUUAAAAACAAUCUUAAUUUUCUAAAAGUGAAUUAAAGUAAAAAUAAGUCAAUUAGAUGAAUUUUCAACUUGUUUAUAUUUGGUACCUACAUAAUAUUGAUGAAAACUGAUAGUAAAUUUAAAUAUCAAAUCAUUUUUCAAAUUUUGAAUAAAAUGUUAAUACCUACCUAUUAAACCCGAGAAUACUAGUCUCACUGUAAGUCAAGUGUCUUAAUCAUAAGAAAAUUUUAUCUCGAUGUUAUAUGUGGUGAAACAAUAAUUAGCAUUACCUUCUAAACAGUUUUAUAUCCUCUUGCUUUCUAAUCACAAACGCCGUAAAUAUAGCUGAAAGAAAAUACCGUUUUGUCCGUGCAUGCUUUAUGGGGAAAAUAUUUUUUUCUAUUAACGGAAAAGGAAGAUAAUGGGAGAAUUGCUUCGAAUUUAACCCAGCUUUUUUGUUGGCUCAUAGGCGGGAGUUUUCUCUGGUCAAUAGCCUUACAUUCUGAAUAAUUAAAAUCUUUUUCUAUGUAUAUUAUUAAAAUCGAACGGGAAAUCGAAAAUCAAAUUACUGUGUAAAAAUAAUUUUUCUCCAAUACAAAAAAAUCACUAAUUCAAAUGAUUCUAUAUUCCACCAUAAGAAGCACCUUUAAUAAAACACAUCUAGUUUCAAUACUGCUUUUAAAUUAAUUUAGUAGUAGCCUUAAAGUACCUGACAUAUUUCACUAACAUUAUUGUCACAUUAGUAAUGAGUUGUAGAAAAGAAGCCACCUCUUAAACUUAGACCAUUAAAUAUACAGAAUUGAUAAUUAUUAAUUCACUGAGGAAACACAAUAAUUGAAGCAAACAUUAAUGAUUCUUUGCGGCGCUACUGGCAGAUAUUUAUAAAGGAAAAGUAGUAUACAUGAGUAAAAUAAUAGCCAAGAAUUACGAGCAGUAAAAAUUUAGGACACCCAGGCGUACAUACAAUGCGUUGUUUGUCUUAAUUAAAUUUAUUUCCUAAUGGUUAUACCAAAAUAAAAUUAUUUUUGCGGAACGUCGUAUACAUUUCAUGGUCUAAGCAGGCGAUUGCCCGAUUACUGUCGCUGUACUUAUACACAAAAGACUGCCUUAAAUGUGAGAAAAUGUAAUUAGUUUUUUUUAUGACAACGUACAGGGAGGAUUCUUAUUGAUACCCUCCAUUCUCAGGUAUAUUCUUAGGACGUAAAUUGUCAUAAAAAACAAGGUUCCUAUUGACCUAUUUACACGUAUACUGAUGAUUUUUGUUGGUUAGAUACAAGGUGUUAAGCACGUCAUGGCCCUUUGACUAUUAAUACUGCUUGUAUCUGAUGUUAACGAAAAAACAGGAAGCAAAUGUUGUGAUAAAAUUUAAUCUAAGCUAAGUAGGAUGCUCUGUGAUCACUCCGCGUAAUACAUAAUAUUUUUGUUAAAAAUGUUUCUUAAUCAUAGCAAAAUUAUUACCCUUGGAGAAAGCCCAGCCUCCUGAUAAUUUUCGCUAUUUUUAAGAAAAUUGGCUGGUAAGAGUAAUUAGUUUAUUUGAGUAAAGUUUAGUAGGAAAUUGCUGGAAAUUGGUACCUACAGCUUAUAGAAUUUACUGCAUUUGUAUAAUUGAGAUAGAUGUGCUUCAUAUACCUAGUUAGUCAAAAUGGAUAGUUAUAUUAAAUAACUAAGGUGGAAUAUAAAAUUGCCGAAAAUAAAUCUUCUUAUGCAUUUGAUACAAUUUUUUGAAGAAUCUAAUUAUUUGUUUUAAAGCUUGGUAUGUAAAAAGUAUGAUGCAAUAUUUUUAAUUGGUGAUUAUUAAUCACCAAUUACCUAUUUAAUUAAUUGGUGAAAAUAGAUGCAUACGGAAAUUUGACCCAAACUUACCUUUAUGAAAUCUAAAAAAUAUUUCUCCAUUUAUUGGUUCUUCCAAUUCUUCGACGAUACAUAUUGUAUUGUACAGCUCAUUACGCAAGAGGAUUAUUACUAUUAAAAUUGUAACAAAUUUUAACAGAAAAUAUUUAUUUACUGAACAUAAUGUUAAUUGAUUCAUUUGCACACUUAAUUUGUGUUGUAAAAGUUGACUAUUUUUGUUAUAAGCUGUUUUUAAACUAAGAGAAACGAAGAAUCUAGAUGAAACAUUUUAAGAGAGCUAAUGUUCUAGAUAAAAUCUAUAGAGUACAGUCUCCUAGUUUAAAAACAGUCUAUAGUUGUUGGGAAACUUUUGACUUCUUACUCGUUAAAGGAGAUUAAAAUUCCAUUAAAAUUAUGUUAAAACUGUUUAUACUUUUACCUAUAAAUGUAGAUAUAAUAAAUAUAUAAAUUUGUACUUGAGGUAAAAAGUCAACUGCUCUCAAGCAAAAUUUAUAAAUUUAUGUGAGAAAAUUAUAUUGCUCUGUCCCUGUAUGUAUAAAAAAAUUACUAUAUAGACUGUUAAUUUUAGAUUAAACUGCUAAAUAGAAUAUUAUUUAAAAUAUAUUAUGUAAAAAGUGUUAGAGAUGUACCUAUGUAUUUAGGAUCUUGUUGUAACUAAAUA